AUACUAAAAAAGAAUAGACAGAAAGCAAGAGAAGCAGAGGAAUUAGUAGAAAAAUGGAAGCUGAGGCAGCAGCAGCAGCAAAGGUCAUGUUGUCAGUACUGUUGGGUGGGUUUUUGGUCUUGUUUUUAUAUCUUUGUGAACUUGUGUUAUUGAGGCCUAGAGGGCUAAGAUCAAAGCUUGGGAAGCAAGGAAUUAGAGGGCCUCCUCCUUCGUUUCUCUUAGGGAACCUCCCUGCAAUAAAGAGGCUGCAAAGCAAGGGCCAGUCAACAGCAACAAAGACUGCUGAUCCAACAAAACUCCAUCAUGAUGGUGAUGUAGCUUCCAUUGAUCAUGAAUGGCAUUCAAAAAUCUUCCCCUACAUAGAGCAGUGGCGAAAUGAAUAUGGGCAAAUAUUUAUGUAUGCAAGUGCACACGUACAACAAUUAUGCAUCACAGAUGUAGAGGUGGUGAAGGAAAUUGGUCUAUGCAAGUCUCUAAACUUAGGGAAGGCUUCUUUAACUUCCAAGGUUGUUGGGCCACUAUUGGGCGAAGGCCUUUUAUCAUCGAAUGGCUUAAUUUGGGCCCAUCAAAGGGGAAUUAUUGCUCCCGAGCUAUAUCUUGACAAGGUUAAGGGCAUGGUGGACCUAAUAGUGGACUCUACAACCUCAAUGCUAAGAAGUUGGGAAGAUGAAAUCGACAGCAAGGGAGGAAUUGCAGAAAUUAAAGUUGAUAAGUAUUUGAGAAACUUAGCUGCAGAUAUAAUUUCAAGAGCUUGUUUUAAUAACAGAUAUGAUCAAGUCGAAGAAAUCUUCAAUAAACUUAGGGCUCUGCAAAAAGUUUUGACAAAGGGAAUCAUGUCGCUUCCGGGUUUGAGAUUGCUGCCUACAAAAGACAACAGAGAAACAUGGAGAUUAGAGAAGGAAGCUGAGUCAAUGAUAUUAAAGCUGGUAAAACAACGUAUUGAAGCUUCAGGUGAGGAAGAUUUAUUCCAAAUGCUUCUUGCCGGUGCUGGGGAUUCCAAAGGCUUAUCGCAGAAGAAGUUCAUUGUCGAUAACUGCAAGACUAUAUUCUUUGCUGGCCAUGAGACCACCGCCAUUGCAGCAUCAUGGAGCUUGAUGUUACUAGCUGCACAUCCAUAUUGGCAAGCUCGUGCUCGCGCUGAGGUGCUCGAAAUCUGCGGGGAUAAACCUCUAGACGGAGAUAUGCUUCGAAGCAUGAAAGUACUGAAAAUGGUGAUUCAGGAGGUGUUGCGUCUUUACCCACCUGCAUUCUUUGUAACUAGAGAGGCCUUUGAAACUGUCACACUCAAGAACAUUGUGAUUCCAAAGGGUGUGAUCCUUCAAAUACCAAUCCCCUUUUUACAGCACAACCCUGACAUAUGGGGGCCCGAUGCGCAUGAGUUCAACCCAGAAAGAUUUGCCAAUGGAACUUUUCAGGCUUGUCGGUCUCCGCAGGCUUACAUGCCAUUCGGAACAGGUCCUCGUAUCUGUGUUGGCCAACAUUUAGUUAUGACGGAACUUAAGGUGCUUCUUGCUUCAGUUCUAUCAAAGUUCUGCUUCUCCCUCUCACCAACGUACCAGCACGCCCCUCUUUUUAGUCUGGUUACUGAACCUGGGCAUGGUGUUAUUCUCCAUGUCAGGAAAGUGUAAUGUUGUGAAGUUCCAGAAGCUCUGGGACUCCUAUGUUAAGUUUGUUCUGUAUCUGAAAAUAAUGUUUCAUAGAAUUGCAGGAAACAAUAUGCUGCUAAAUAUGUAAUCUGUGUCAGUGAUCUAUCCCAGCAUGUUUUGUAAAAUAUUU